AUGUCGGCUGCUGCGUGCAUUUUCUGCAAGAUUAUCAAGGGCGACAUCCCGUCCUUUAAACUCUUCGAGAAUGACAAGGUCUUUGCAUUCUUGGAUAUCCAACCUCUGAGUCGCGGUCACGCGCUCGUCAUCCCCAAGUUCCACGGCGCCAAGUUGACUGAUAUCCCUGACGACGACCUGCGAGAGAUUCUGCCGAUCGCGAAGAAGAUCGCCGUUGCCAGCGGUGCAGAGAACUACAACGUCCUGCAGAACAACGGUCGCCCGGCGCACCAGGUCGUUGACCAUGUUCACUUCCAUGUGAUCCCCAAGCCCAACGAAACCGAAGGUCUUGGAAUUGGCUGGCCCGCCCAGGCCACUGAUAUGGACAAGCUUAAGGCUCUCUACGAGGAGCUCAAGGCGAAGAUUUAG